GGCGCCAUUUGUGUUCGUCGCAUGUUUGUUUCAGGACAGCAAAAGUUUUCACGAGAAUCUCCUUGGUAAAGAUGAGUUUUCCAAAUAUGUUUGGAGGAGGCUAUAUGGACAUGGGUGGUGGUGGUGGUGGUGGUGGGGGAUUUAUGACUGAUGAUUCUCCAUCAAAACUAGAUUCAUCACAAACAAAAAAGUCAAUGAAAUCAAUGAGAGAAACACUUUGGCCAGUUACAAAUGCCAUGCUACACAAGGCUCAAUAUGACAACAUAUCUGAAAUGUUCAAAUUUGAUGACAUUGAGUUGCAUCAGGUCACAAUAGUUGGUGUUAUCAGAGAAGUCCAGGAAUCCUCAACAAAUAUCUUAUACAAAGUUGAUGAUAUGACGGCAGACAGCAUAAUUGUGCGCAAAUGGAUUGAGCCAGAUGAAAACCCAGCAGAAGCAAUAAGGAGGUCACAAUACAGAGAAAAUUCAUAUGUCAGAGUAUAUGGACACAUGAAAUCACUUCAAGACAAAAAAUGCCUUGUUGCUUUUAAAAUUGCACCAGUUAAAGAUUUCAAUGAAAUAACUUACCACAUGCUUGAUGUUAUUCAUUCAUUUCUUUACAAAACAAAGGUUGUGGAUAAAGGUGAUGUUAAUAUGAGUGGGGUCUUUAACACUGGUACUGAGACAGCUGGACUGGAUGGCAAAAAAGUAUUUUCUGCACCAAACACACAUGGAAUGUCUGUGAUCGAGAGGCAGAUACUUGAUAUGGUCUAUGUUUGUCGUGAUGAGCAAGGAGUCUCCAUUGAUGCCAUGAAACAACAGCUACGAGGCAUAAGUAAUGCCCAACUCAAGGAAACACUCGACUUCUUGAGUAAUGAAGGUCACAUCUACUCAACAAUUGAUGAAGAACAUUUCUUAUCAACUUCUGCUGGGAUGUGAGACAUUUUUAUAAACCAUGGACACAUAAAAUGCCCCAACAUAAGAAGAUCUACACUGCAAGUCUUUCUAAUAAUGUUGCGCCUUGGUGUAUGUUGCCAUGUUGGGCCUUAAAGCUAAACCCUUUGAUAGUAGCAUAAUUAACUUAAGAAUAAGGGCUUUUAAAAUCCUGAGAGGGGUAAUCAUUACAAUUACUUUAAUCUUUUCCAGAACUGCUGUUCCCAGACUCUUGACUGAUGCCCAUAAAUAUUUUGCAGAUUAAUUUUAUGUCAGUAUUACGUUGCAGUUAUUCCCUUCCCAGUAUGGUGAGACAGCCUUUUUCCUAAUCACCAAAUACGUAUCAUAUCAGAUCAGACCAUUGUUGAAAUUGUUUAGUUGUUCUCAAUUUAGAUUAAAUUAAGUGUCAGUAAGAACAUAUGUACCUAAAUAUUUGUGUCAUAUACA